AUGCCGGCGGAGUGGUUGAGUGGACACAUUCUUGACCGUGGAGAUGACACUCGGGAGAUGUACUCCUACUCGUUGGAGGGGCAGAAUGAGCUUCUUCAGUUCUUGAAGGCGAUUCGCCCGGAGUGGUCAUUCCCGAAGAAGAAUGGCAAGAGCAAUGUGCGGAGUGUGAUGGAUAAGCUGAAAGCUGUUGGUGUCACCACAGUGUGGGAGCUAUUUCGAGCAGUGAUGCGAAACACCAUCAACGAGGAUCUUGCUCAAGCAGGGUACUCCGUGCUGAGCAAAGAGACUCUUGACCGGAUCCGAAAGCGCAUGAGCUUUUUUCGGCAGCUGGAUGUCUUGACCGAGACGGAUUGUCGACAGAUCGGAGCUUUUGCGCCAGUACCGCAGCUACUUUCGCAAAAGAAACUGGCAUAUUGGAGUCCUAAGCCUCAGCUGUAG